CGCCACCCGGCGUAUGUUAGCCUUAUCCAAAUAGGACCCUCUUCGUCUUCGCCAGCUGCUGCAAUCUCUCUCUUUCUUCAACCAGUCUUUACAAGAGGAAAGUUCAUAGAAAUUGGCCAAUUGAACUCCGCUUGUUUUCGCUUCUUUAUUAACAAAUUUCUCGCCCAGAAAUUCUUAUUUUUUCUGGGAUUUUUGUUUUUUGUUUUCUCUAGUAGUACAAACGAGAAAUUACUAGGGAUUUUACUUCUUGAUUUAUUAUUUCAGGUUUUCUCUUAUCAGAUACCCCAAAUAAAGUUUGGGUUCAAAGUGUGAUUAGAAAAAAAAAAAUAGCGGCUUCUGCACCUGGAUCUCAUGAUGGUUCAUGCGGGUUCCAUUCGUUUGCCUCGCGACUGGGGGGUCCAAAAUAGUCUCAUUCACCCUGGCCAUGGAUGUUGUAACCAUCAUACUCAGUAUGUGGCGGGGAAGAGUCGAGUGCAUUGUAUUGGUGUCAAUCUUUCUUCACAUACUUUGCGACAGGAUGCUUGGAGUCUUCAUCUCUUGGGCAGCAUUCGUGGUCCAAUAGGUCCGAUCUCUUCCAGAUGUAAAGUUUUAUUCUGCAGAUCUGUCUUAGUUCCAAGUGGAGGAAAUGAGGUUCCUAUUAUGAAAUCUGCUGCUGCAGUAUUGACAAGAUCAUAUGUUGCUGUACGAGGAAGCCCUCUUGUACUUCAGUUGAUUCCAGCAGUUGGUAUCAUCGCCUUUGCUGCUUGGGGUCUUGGGCCACUCAUGCGCCUGGGAAGGGUUUUAUUUUUUAAUAGAACUGAUAGUAGUUGGAAGAAGAGUAGUUCACAUUAUGUGAUGACAUCUUAUAUCCAGCCCUUGUUGCUAUGGACUGGAGCAACACUUAUCUGCAGAGCGUUGGAUCCAGUAGUCUUAUCUUCAGAAGCCAGCCAGGCUGUGAAGCAACGACUUUUAAAUUUUGUACGCUCAUUGUCAACUGUGCUAGCAUUUGCUUAUUGUCUGUCAAGCUUGAUUCAACAAGCACAAAAGCUCUUUGUGGAAACACAUGACUCAAGUGCUGCAAGAAACAUGGGGUUUGAUUUUGCUGGGAAAACUGUUUAUACUGCAGUAUGGGUUGCUGCAGUGUCGUUAUUUAUGGAGUUGCUGGGGUUCUCUACCCAGAAGUGGCUAACUGCUGGGGGUCUUGGUACAGUGUUGCUGACGCUUGCUGGCCGCGAGAUAUUUACAAACUUCCUUUCAAGUGUAAUGAUCCACGUGACAAGGCCAUUUGUUGUGAAUGAGUGGAUUCAAAGUAAGAUUGAAGGCUAUGAAGUUUCUGGUACUGUUGAGCAUGUGGGUUGGUGGUCACCUACUAUUGUAAGAGGUGAUGACCGUGAAGCAGUUCAUAUUCCAAAUCACAAGUUCACUGUAAAUGUUGUAAGGAAUCUCAGCCAGAAGACUCAUUGGCGCAUCAAGACUUACCUAGCCAUCAGUCACUUAGAUGUCAAUAAAAUUAAUAAUAUUGUGGCUGAUAUGCGCAAGGUUUUAGCCAAAAAUCCACAAGUAGAGCAACAAAAGUUGCACAGGAGAGUUUUUUUGGAAGAUAUCAAUUCAGAAAAUCAGGCUCUUAAGAUUUUGAUAUCUUGCUUUGUUAAAACCUCACAUUUUGAAGAGUAUUUAUGUGUCAAGGAAGCGAUACUCUUGGAUCUACUUAGAGUUAUCAGCCAUCAUAGGGCCAGGCUUGCCACACCUAUACGUACAGUUCAGAAAAUAAACGGCGAGCCUGACUUGGAAAAUGUACCAUUUUCAGACAGCAUUUUUACUCGCUCCAGGGGAACUUCCAACCGUCCAUAUUUGCUCAUCGAACCAUUAUAUAAAGUAAAUGGUGAUGAUAAAACUAAGGCCUCAAGUCGUUCAGCACGUACCAAUGAAGAUAAGGAAGCUCAGGCUGAGGCAGCCUCAACCUCCGACUCCAAAACAGAUGCCAAGGUAGCAGUAGUGAAGGAUACAGUUGCAGUCGAUUCCAAAAAGACAUCUCCACUAGAGGAAACAUUGAAGAAUCUUCCAACUACUUCAUCUGAACCUGGCAGUGGAAAAUCUGACUUACCUUUGACUGGUAUACAACCAAAGCAAAAUGGUGAGAGACCUAAUGCAUCUUCAUCAAUUACCACGCCUCCCUUGGAAGAGAAUAUUGUUCUUGGUGUUGCUCUGGAGGGCUCAAAGCGAACACUUCCCAUUGAGGAAGACAUGAUCAUGUCUCCUGCCGAAUCGAAAGAAUUCGCUGCCCACGGUAGCAACAGUUCACCACCUGCUAGCAAAGAUACAAAAGAUAGUGGCAUUCCUAGAGCUGCACAAUAACUUGCAGAAACAAAGAAGCGAUAGUGUAUAGUUCAUUGCUGAAGUAAGUAUCCACUCCCUAAUGAUGUCAUUACCCGAGUGAGAAAUGAAUGCAGCUGUGUUUUUAAAGCUGCCAUUACAUUGUCUUUGGUUGUAAAUAAUCAUUCAAUUAGAUUAAUGAAGAAUUAGUGAACCUUCCUUGGAAAGGUUCUUAUUAUUUGUGUAA